AUGCAACCGUACGAACACGACAAGGCAUACUUCAACGUUGACACCGUGACUCAGUUCUGUCGCGGUGUCCGUUUAGAAGAUCUCAACAAUCAAUCAAAGUCAAAGAAAGGCACAGCAUGGCUGGAUGACCGUUCAAGACCUUGCAUCCCAGAGCUUGUCCCGAAUAUUCAAGGCCGUCGACGAAUUACUUCCGUAAAUCACUCGAGCAAUGCUCCAGCGAGACCAGAGACCACUCUUCUCCAGAAUUUAAAUGUCGAAAUUCAAACGAGAGAGGACUCUACACAGGCAAACCCUGCGUCAAGCUCCUCAGCUUCUCUCGAGCCCAGGAAAUACGCACAGUGUUUGUCAGCAAAUGAACUUUAUUCCCACCUACACGAGAAGCGGUUUGAUCACGCAAAUCUCAAGGAUACAGACCGCCGUUUGAUUUACAUCGCAGAUCCCGAUCCUUGCGAUAUUCUGGCAUUGACUGCAACCGCCUCAGAGCAUCAGGCGAAUGCAUUACGCGAUGUAUUAUGGCAAUUUCUCGAUCGCCGAACUUCUAUCAAAGCCAGAGUGGAGCCAAUGGGAUACCAGGUGUUUCAACUAGACCUGCACCUUCCGUAUUAUGCCUUGAGGACUACACCACCGGAGAAAUUUCAAAGGCACGAAAAACACCGGACACAAUCAGAUUGGAUGGAUCUGUCCCCACUCAACGAUGGCGUCGCAGAUGGUGUAAAGGUCAUUCACCAAGCUCAGUUCUCCCUCGUAAUAUGCGGUACCGAUAACUCACGCUGGGUUGCCUACGCCUUUGAGGCCAUAAGUUUUGACCCAGAUCGUGGCGAUGACACAGUCUUACCAGAGUGGCGAUCAGAUGAGAUCUCGAUGGGAGAACUCGACGCAAACAACCCUUUACACGACGUUCGGGAGUACUUUCUCAACAUAUUCCUGAUCAGGGCAAAACACGUGUAUGAGGAGACUAGAGAGCUGGUACGAUUUAUUGCGGCAUCGUAUAAACGAAACGGUCAACGCCAUGCGUUUUCCCUAACUCAAGGUAUCAGCGAGUUUUAUGUCGGAUCGCAACGAACAAAUGCUAUGUCUGUUGCGAAACUUAAUGCCCUUUAUAUCGCAAAUUAG